AAUUUGUAACAACCCACUCCAAACGACCUUCAACUUCAGUCUAUCAGCCGGCAUUUGAAGCUCAUCGGAAAAUUAUGGAAUCGAAAGAACCAGUUCGGGUUGUCAUCACUGGGGCAGCAGGCCAGAUUGCCUACUCGCUCAUAUAUGCAGUGGCCAAAGGACAAGUAUUUGGUGAAAGGCAGGUUGUGCUGGUGCUGCUGGACAUUCCCGUAAUGGUGAAUGUACUGAAAGGUGUAGUGAUGGAGAUUACAGACUGUAAUUUCCAUCUUGUUUCAAAGGUGGUGGCCACAGAUAAAUUGGAUGAAGCCUUUAAAGAUGCUGAUGUGGCCAUGUUAGUUGGAGCCAUGCCAAGGCGAGAGGGAAUGGAACGCAAAGACCUACUCAAGGCCAAUGUCAAUAUCUUUAAAGUUCAAGGACAGGCAAUAGACCAAUUUGCUAAGAAAACCAUUAAGGUUGUAGUUGUGGGUAACCCAGCAAACACUAAUGCUCUGAUCUGCUCAAAGUAUGCUCCUUCAAUUCCAAAGGAAAAUUUCUCUGCCCUGACUCGUCUUGAUCAAAACAGAGCACAAGCAAUGGUUGCAGAAAAAAUGGGAAUUCCAUGUAAUGAAGUAAGGAAUUGUAUCAUCUGGGGAAACCAUUCAUCAACACAGUUUCCAGAUCUGAACUUUGCUGAGAUCACUGUUGGUGAUAAAUGGGUUCCUGCUAUGCCUGCCAUUAAUGAUGAUGACUGGGUCAAGAAUGAGUUUGUCACCACUGUCCAGAAGCGUGGGGCUGCAGUUAUUGCUGCCAGGAAACUGUCAAGUGCCAUGUCCGCAGCUAAUGCAAUCGUCGAUCAUGUUAGAGAUUGGUGGAUUGGAACUGAUGAUGAAAAUGAUAAGAAAAUGGUGUCCAUGGGUGUCUGGAGUGAUGGCCAAACUUAUGGUAUUCCGGAAGGAAUCAUGUACAGCGUUCCUGUCAAAAUUGACAAGAAAGGUAACUGGACCAUUGCCAAGGAUCUCUCCAUCAAUCAAUGGCAGCGUGAGAAGAUGGAUUUGACAGCAGCAGAGUUGUUGGAAGAGAGAAACGCAGCCAUUGAAAUCUGUGAUGCUGAAUGACCAAAGACAUCAAAGUUGUAGAGUAAUCUUUACACAGAUUCACAGUGAUGUUGGACAUUUGAAGCAGAGACAACCACACAUUCUCCUUAAGCCCUAUGGUGAUGUUCUAAAUCAAUGUUUGAGACAUAAUUACACGGUAAAAUGAAAAUGGUAUUAAUGUCCAUAUAUAAUUCAUAUUUACAUCAAUACUAGGAAGCUGUCUUGUGUUGCUGUCUAAGGUAUACCAAGUUAUUAUGGAAGAGAUUUUGUCAAAGGCACUUGUAGACACUUGAAGCUAGAAAUGAAUAAAACUAUAUCUAUAUCUUU